CUGGAGUUCAGUGGCUCGUCAGCCAGUGCGAACAGUCUGAGUCUAACUUUCUUGCGUUGCGUACACGUAAGCCGGAGACGAGCAGAGUAAGCUGCAAACCAUUGCAGAAGCCUUGGUGCUACUGGUUAUACCUCUGGUAGGUUUUCCUGGUGUAGUUCGUGCUCAGGCUGUGAAGUUUCCAUCCAUUUUCUUUUUGUUUCUGGUUGAGUGGAAAACAGGAAUGGUUUUGGAACAAAUAGUGAUUGAAAUGGCGGUUUUCGAUUGAAAUGUGACAGAUAUUAUGUAUUUCACGACAUAUCUAGCAAGUGUACGUUGAAGCUAUACGAAAAGAAAGAAGAAAAUUUAUUCAAAUUAGGAGAAAAAUGUUUCAACACUAGUUUUUUCUGCGUUUCAUCCAUUGCAUGUGUGAGUGUAAUUAACGGCAUUUUAUCUUCAGAAAUAAGGUUUAACAGUGAAACAGGAAUGGUGGAGAAAGAGUUAAGAAGAGCUGAAGUGUAGAAAGUCAAGAUACCUUGAAGAGAGCAUCGAAAAAAAGAAGAAGGUUAAAAUAGUUGAUGGAAUAAGUUGAAUCGAAUGCAGUGACCACAACAAUUAACUACAUGUGAAUCGCGUUAUGAUGUGUUAUUAAUCAAUAGUUGGAGGAUUACUACAGUUCAAAACGGUCUGCUGAAUUCAGCCGUUUCUAGAUCGUGGAGUACUUUGGAGCACUUCAGCAUUCCUCUUGCGCUUACGAACUUCAACGGGGCCAGGCGCACUCAUCCACUUCAACGAUCAAAACUAAAGUCAAUGUGGCGCGAAGAUGGUAAUCGUUACACGGGGUGACUACAUAUGGAUCGAGCCCGUGACUGGACGUGAAUUCGAUGUGGCCAUCGGGGCUCGGGUCAUCUCGGCCGAGGGACGUCGCAUUCAGGUCCGAGAUGACGAUGGAAAUGAGUUGUGGCUUACGCCCGAGCGGCGUAUCAAAGCCAUGCACGCCUCGUCCGUGCAGGGCGUGGAAGACAUGAUCUCUCUUGGGGAUCUGCACGAAGCUGGCAUUCUGCGAAACUUGCUCAUCCGAUACAAUGACAAUUUGAUCUAUACCUAUACCGGUUCCAUUUUGGUAGCGGUGAAUCCCUAUCAAAUUCUACCCAUCUAUACGGCGGAUCAAAUCAAAUUGUACAAGGAACGCAAAAUUGGUGAGCUACCGCCGCACAUCUUUGCCAUAGGAGACAACUCGUACGCGAACAUGCGACGCUAUGGCCAGGAUCAGUGCAUUGUAAUCUCAGGAGAGUCAGGAGCCGGUAAGACGGAAAGUACGAAGCUCAUUCUCCAAUAUUUGGCGGCCAUCAGUGGAAAGCACUCCUGGAUAGAGCAGCAAAUUCUUGAGGCAAAUCCCAUUCUGGAAGCGUUUGGUAAUGCAAAGACCGUGAGAAAUGACAACUCCUCUCGGUUCGGCAAAUACAUAGACAUUCACUUCAAUAAUUCUGGGGUGAUCGAGGGCGCUGAAAUUGAGCAGUACUUGCUGGAGAAAUCUCGAAUAGUGUCGCAGAAUGCUGAGGAGCGAAACUACCACAUAUUUUACUGUUUGCUGGCUGGUUUGUCAUCAGAUGAAAAACGGAAACUCAAUCUAGGGCAUGCCUCCGACUACAGGUAUCUAACGGGUGGAGGAUGCAUCAAAUGUGAUGGAAGGAAUGAUGCAGCUGAGUUCGCAGAUAUUCGUUCAGCCAUGAAAGUCCUAUGCUUUUCAGAUCACGAAAUUUGGGAAAUUCUUAAAUUGUUAGCUGCUUUACUACACACAGGAAACAUCACAUAUCGUGCUACAGUAAUCGACAAUUUAGAUGCGACGGAGAUUCCUGAACACAUAAAUGUGGAACGAGUGGCGAAUUUGCUGGAAGUCCCAUUCCAGCCAUUCAUUGAUGCACUGACUCGAAAGACCUUGUUUGCCCAUGGUGAAACAGUUGUGUCUACACUGUCCAGAGAUCAGUCGAUGGACGUAAGGGAUGCCUUUGUGAAGGGAAUCUACGGUCGGUUGUUCGUCUUGAUUGUCAAGAAGAUCAACUCAGCAAUCUACAAACCAAAGUCAUCUACCAGAAGUGCAAUUGGCGUGUUGGACAUUUUCGGUUUCGAGAACUUCAAGCACAACAGUUUCGAACAGUUCUGUAUAAAUUUUGCCAAUGAAAAUCUUCAACAGUUUUUUGUGCGUCACAUUUUCAAACUAGAGCAAGAAGAGUACAAUCAUGAAAGCAUCAACUGGCAACAUAUCGAAUUCGUUGAUAACCAAGACGCUUUGGACUUGAUUGCCAUAAAACAACUGAACAUCAUGGCCCUCAUUGAUGAAGAAUCAAAGUUCCCAAAAGGUACCGAUCAGACUAUGCUGGCCAAGCUGCACAAAACUCAUGGAACUCACCGGAAUUACUUGAAACCAAAAUCGGACAUCAAUACUAGUUUCGGUUUGAAUCACUUUGCCGGUGUUGUGUUCUACGACACUCGAGGUUUCCUUGAGAAGAAUCGUGAUACAUUCAGUGCCGAUCUGCUGCAACUUAUCUCAAGCUCGACAAACCGUUUUCUCCAGAUGGUGUUUGCCGAAGAUAUCGGUAUGGGUGCGGAGACCCGAAAACGAACCCCAACUCUUUCAACCCAAUUCAAGAAGAGUUUAGAUUCGCUUAUGAAGACGCUUAGCUCAUGUCAGCCGUUCUUCAUUCGGUGUAUAAAGCCAAAUGAGUUGAAAAAACCGAUGAUGUUCGAUCGAGCUCUAUGUUGUCGGCAGCUGCGAUAUUCAGGAAUGAUGGAAACCAUCCGUAUUCGAAGAGCUGGAUAUCCAAUUCGUCACAAGUUUAAAGACUUUGUUGAACGGUACCGUUUUCUUAUCAGUGGUAUUCCGCCAGCUCACAGGACUGAUUGCCGUUUAGCAACGUCUAAGAUAUGUGCCUCGGUGUUGGGUCGUUCAGAUUACCAGCUCGGUCACACCAAAGUAUUUUUGAAGGAUGCCCACGAUCUGUUUUUGGAGCAGGAACGAGAUCGCGUACUCACGAGAAAGAUAUUAAUUCUCCAACGCUCAAUUCGUGGAUGGGUUUAUCGAAGGCGAUUCCUGCGAAUGAGACAAGCAGCCAUCACCAUUCAGAAAUUCUGGAAGGGUUACGCACAGAGACAACGCUACAAGAAGAUGAAGAUUGGCUACAUGAGGUUGCAAGCGUUGAUAAGGUCGCGGGUACUGAGUCAUCGUUUCCGCCAUUUGCGCGGACAUAUUGUGCGACUGCAAGCAAGAAUUCGAGGGUACUUAGUUCGACGGGAGUAUGGAUUGAAGAUGUGGGCCGUGAUAAAGAUUCAAUCCCAUGUUCGAAGAAUGAUAGCCGUUAAUAGGUACCAGAAAUUGAAAUUAGAAUAUCGACGGCAUCACGAAGCACUGCGAUUGAGAAGAAUGGAAGAGGAGGAGCUGAAACACCAAGGCAACAAACGUGCUAAAGAGAUCGCAGAACAGAACUAUCGGGAUCGGUUGAAUGAGAUCGAGAGGAAGGAAAUCGAGCAGGAACUGGAAGAACGUCGUCGGGUGGAGGUCAAAAAGAACAUUAUCAACGAUGCUGCCAGGAAAGCAGAUGAACCUGUAGACGAUAGCAAACUAGUAGAAGCUAUGUUCGAUUUCCUUCCCGAUUCUAGUAGUGAAGCUCCUACUCCGCAUGGCGGUCGCGAAACUUCGGUGUUCAAUGACCUGCCGGUGAACCAAGACAAUCACGAGGAUAUUAUUGGACCUAUUCACACAAUUUCGGAGGACGAGGAAGAUUUAUCCGAGUUCAAAUUCCAGAAAUUUGCUGCAACGUACUUCCAGGGAAACAUCACACAUUUCUACUCUCGGAAGCCGUUGAAACACCCUCUCCUACCGUUGCACACGCAAGGAGAUCAACUGGCCGCACAAGCUUUGUGGAUAACUAUUCUUCGAUUUACUGGAGAUCUUCCAGAGCCACGCUAUCACACUAUGGAUCGAGACAAUACAUCGGUUAUGUCUAAAGUUACUGCCACUCUGGGACGAAAUUUCAUUCGUAGCAAAGAAUUCCAAGAAGCACAAAUGAUGGGUCUUGACCCGGAAGCCUUCCUCAAACAGAAACCUCGAUCAAUACGGCACAAACUUGUAUCGUUAACGCUCAAGCGGAAAAACAAGCUGGGAGAAGAUGUCCGACGUCGCCUGCAAGACGAAGAGUACACAGCCGAUAGCUACCAAUCAUGGCUUGAAUCUCGACCAACCUCUAACCUAGAAAAGCUGCAUUUCAUAAUUGGUCACGGUAUUCUACGAGCAGAGCUCCGCGAUGAAAUCUAUUGUCAAAUAUGCAAACAAUUAACCAAUAAUCCCUCAAAAUCUUCUCACGCCAGAGGCUGGAUCUUACUUUCGCUUUGCGUGGGAUGUUUCGCUCCUUCAGAGAAAUUUGUCAAUUACCUGCGUUCGUUCAUCCGGGAAGGGCCACCUGGUUAUGCACCGUAUUGCGAAGAACGACUAAAGCGGACUUUCAACAAUGGUACUCGAAAUCAACCUCCAUCGUGGCUGGAACUUCAGGCGACAAAAUCCAAGAAACCCAUUAUGCUUCCCAUCACGUUUAUGGAUGGGAACACGAAAACUCUAUUAGCUGAUUCAGCCACUACGGCACGCGAAUUAUGCAAUCAGCUAUCGGACAAGAUCGCGCUGAAAGAUCAAUUUGGGUUUUCGCUGUAUAUCGCCUUAUUCGACAAAGUAUCUUCUCUGGGAAGUGGAGGUGAUCACGUGAUGGAUGCAAUCUCACAAUGUGAACAGUACGCCAAGGAGCAGGGUGCUCAAGAGCGGAAUGCCCCAUGGCGGUUGUUCUUCCGUAAGGAAAUUUUCGCUCCAUGGCAUAACCCCAUUGAAGAUCAGGUAGCAACUAAUCUGAUCUACCAACAAGUGGUGCGAGGGGUCAAGUUCGGUGAAUAUCGUUGUGACAAGGAAGAAGAUCUGGCAAUGAUCGCUGCGCAGCAGUACUACAUCGAGUACAACACGGAUAUGUCCAUGGAUCGAUUGUACACUUUGCUACCAAACUUCAUUCCCGAUUACUGUUUGACGGGUAUCGAAAAGGCGAUCGAUCGCUGGGCAGCACUCGUGCUGCAGGCAUACAAGAAAAGCUACUAUCUGAAGGAUAAGGCGGCGGCCCUGAAGGUGAAGGAAGACGUUGUUAGCUACGCGAAGUACAAGUGGCCCCUUCUAUUUUCGAGAUUCUACGAAGCUUAUCGGAAUUCCGGACCAAAUUUGCCUAAGAACGACGUCAUAAUCGCAGUUAACUGGACUGGUGUCUACGUGGUUGACGAUCAAGAGCAGGUGCUGCUAGAGUUAUCUUUUCCUGAGAUCACUGCCGUGUCCAGCCAAAAGACGAACAAGGUGUUCACGCAAACAUUUUCUCUGUCGACGGUGCGCAAUGAAGAGUUUACUUUCCAAAGCCCGAACGCAGAAGACAUUCGGGAUCUGGUGGUAUACUUUUUGGAAGGACUGAAAAAACGCUCAAAAUUUGUGAUAGCACUGCAGGAUUACAAAGCCCCUGGAGAGGGAACCAGUUUCCUGUCGUUUUUGAAAGGUGACCUGAUUAUCCUGGAGGACGAAAGUACCGGUGAAAGUGUUCUUAACUCUGGAUGGUGUAUCGGAUGUUGUGAACGUACACAAGAGCGAGGAGACUUCCCGGCAGAAAUUGUCUACGUCCUGCCGUCGCUGACCAAACCUCCGCCUGACAUUUUAGCCCUAUUCAGCGUAGAAGACGCACAUCACGGUAAACGCUUGAACUCGAUUCACUCGAAUGGUGGCACCGAGAAUCGUGAACGCCCACACACUCUAGCCGACUAUUCAUUGGACCACUUUAGACCACCCCCUAAACGAACCAUGUCCAAAGCACUUAGCACUCUUAGCUCAAAACGGGGUGGAGACGAACUGUGGCGCUACUCAAGGGAACCGCUGAAGCAACCUCUCUUGAAGAAGCUCCUAGCAAAGGAAGAACUUGCCGAGGAAGCAUGUCUAGCAUUCAUCGCCAUAAUGAAGUACAUGGGAGAUUUGCCAUCGAAACGACCACGUAUUGGCAACGAAAUUACAGAUCACAUCUUCGACGGUCCACUCAAGCAUGAAAUUCUACGGGACGAAAUCUACUGCCAACUGAUGAAACAGCUGACAGAUAAUCGAAACCGCAUGUCGGAAGAGCGUGGUUGGGAACUGAUGUGGCUGUCGACUGGCUUGUUUGCCUGCAGUCAACAACUUCUGAAGGAACUGACCGUGUUCCUUCGAACUCGUCGCCAUCCCAUUUCGCAGGACUCACUACACCGCCUGCAGAAGACCAUCCGGAAUGGUCAACGAAAGUAUCCACCCCACCAGGUUGAAGUGGAAGCCAUCCAGCACAAAACAACUCAGAUAUUCCACAAGGUCUACUUCCCCGAUGACACGGAUGAAGCGUUCGAAGUAGACUCAUCAACGCGAGCGAAAGAUUUCUGCCAGAACAUUUCACAGCGACUGAACCUGCGGUCCAGUGAAGGUUUUAGCUUGUUUGUAAAAAUAGCCGACAAGGUGAUAUCAGUGCCAGAAGGAGACUUUUUCUUCGAUUUCGUGCGUCAUUUGACCGACUGGAUUAAGAAAGCACGACCGACGCGGGAUGGUACGAACCCGCAGUUUACCUAUCAGGUAUUCUUCAUGAAGAAGCUGUGGACCAAUACGGUGCCUGGAAAGGACAAAAAUGCGGAUCUGAUAUUCCACUAUCACCAGGAGUUGCCCAAACUGCUGCGAGGCUACCACAAGUGCUCGAAAGAAGAAGCAGUAAAACUGGCUGCUUUGGUAUACCGAGUACGGUUUGGGGAAAGUAAACAGGAAUUGCAAGCGAUACCUCAAAUGUUACGGGAAUUAGUUCCAUCAGAUCUUAUUAAGCUGCAAACAACUAACGAUUGGAAACGAUCAAUUGUGGCCGCUUACAAUCAGGAUGCGGGAAUGUCUCCCGAAGAUGCAAAAGUCACAUUCCUCAAAAUUGUAUACAGAUGGCCCACAUUUGGCUCAGCGUUCUUCGAAGUCAAACAAACUACGGAACCCAACUACCCUGAAAUGCUUCUUAUUGCUAUCAACAAGCAUGGCGUCAGUUUAAUUCAUCCAAGCUCAAAGGACAUUCUGGUGACCCAUCCUUUCACUCGAAUUUCCAACUGGUCCUCUGGUAACACCUACUUCCACAUGACCAUCGGAAAUCUGGUCCGCGGCUCGAAGCUACUGUGCGAAACAUCGCUGGGAUACAAGAUGGACGACCUGCUCACCUCGUACAUCUCCCUGAUGCUGACCAAUAUGAACAAACAGCGAACAAUUAGGAUUAAGUAGAAUCGAAACGCCAGCAGCGCAGCAGCUACUCAGAAUUGUUUAGACAACAAUUACAACAAUCUUUUUUUUCUGUUUUAAAAUUUGACGAUUUUUUCGUUAAUUGCUUAUGAGUAUUUAUUUUGUUUGAGCUUUGCUUUUUGUUUUAGUAUGCAAAGGCGUAGGAAUAUUUAAUUGAAAAUGUUAGACCCAAUUCAAUCAAUUUAUCUGUAAAUGAGAAUCACUAUUUUACAACCUCGAACUGAUAUUAAAUAUCCAUCACAUGUAGUCGCUUUCAAAUCACAGUUUUUUUAACUUAUCUUUUACAUAUUGGCAAGAAUGCUCUUUGAAAUCGAACAAUUUUCAAUUCAUUAACUAAGGCCAUUCUUCCUCACAGUACUAUCUAAUCAUAUGAAGCUUUUAUUUAUUCACCUUCCAUAAUUUUAUCCCCUCACUUCGAUGUAGCGGUAAUUUUGUGUUAAUUCUUGGAAGUCAGAAGUCUCAAGCUUAUUGUUAGCGUUUAGUUUUAAUGUCGGUGCAUCAGUAAUAAAAAAAACUUAGUCGUCAAAUUUUCAACUCCUUCUCUAUGCCAAUUGAUCGUUGUAGUAAACUGUAUGUGAACCAAGUGACAUUGUGGAGCGAAUGUGAUCUAAUGAAUGAGAGGCAAUAGUAUGGACUAAGAAGGAUAAAAAAUGUUUUUUUUUUCUUGGCUAAGAUAGGAUAUUAUAUUUUUGUAAUUUUAUUAUUAUUUUGUUAUACAUAACUCCGUAACUAUUAUCUAUAAUUGAUCAAUAAACAAUAAUACUAUGGAAAUUUGAAACAAA